AGAAAAGAGAGGGAGAGAGAGAGAGGAAGUCAGAAACAGGGAGAAGAUCAGCUCACAGUCAGAUCUCGGCAUUGAAAUCGGGGCGAGAAUUGACACGGCAAGGUUGUAACUAACACGAGACUCGCAGCUUCCGUUCUAUACAACCAAGCGGCGAUCCGUUUCAUUCAAAUUAUUUUCUAGAAUCAGUAGCUUUCUGUGUGUGUGUGUGUUUAAGCUUCUAUUUAUUGCAAUAACAGCGCCGGACAGCCGAGGAAGCUCAGAUAUACAUAUAUACACACACACACACACGCUCGCUCGCAAUUGUAUCUAUAACCUUGUAGUGUCAGUCUUCCCGGCAGAAGGACAUCUCGGUGGGACUUACCGUGACCAAGGAUUCACCCUUGCAUCCGUCAAAUGUGAAGAACAUUCUGUAGUCCCCUAAAGCGACUCGGGAAAGGAAAUUUCUUUACAACCCCCCACCGCUGGAGUUCUUUAAAGGGGAAGGCACUCCGCUUUGGAAUCGAGACCAAGGAGUGUUCAACUAAGCCCGUGGGACCAGGGGGAAAAACGGAAUCAAGUGACCUGAUGGGUUGUUGAGGUUUUCUCCAGCGGCAUUGAAGGAGCAUGGUAAAACACCAACCACUUCAGUACUACGAGCCCCAGCUAUGCUUAUCUUUCCUCACGGGGAUCUAUGGGUGCAGGUGGAAGCGAUACCAGCGAUCACAUGACAGUACCACCAAGUGGGAGCGCCUGUGGUUCCUCAUCCUCUGCAUCACUUUUUUCCUGACCCUGGUCUGGUUCUACUUCUGGUGGGAGGUACAUAACGACUAUAAUGAGUUCAACUGGUACAUGUACAACAGCAAAGGGUACUGGAAUGAUUGGUCUGUUCCAGUAUUGGCAGUAACCUCAGCAGGGUUCACAUACAUCACAUUUUUACAGUUUUUAGCACUAUGCCACAUCGCGGUGGGGCAACAGAUGAACCUCUACUGGCUGCACAAGGUUGGACUCAUGGUGAUCUUGGUGACCCUCCUCGUGGCCGUGGUAUCAGUCAACCAGAUGUGGAAGGAGGAAUGGGACAUUAUUCUGAUAUCAUUUCAGGCCACUGCACCCUUCCUUCAUAUUGGUGCAGUUGCCGUGGUAACGUUGCUGGCCUGGCUGGUUGCUGGGCAGUUUGCUCGCUCAGAGAGAAUAGUGUUUCAGACUUUCCUGCUGCUGCUGUACCUGGGAGUCCUUGUGUCCCUGUACCUGCUACCGUUGUUAAUCUGGUCGCCAUGCAUCAUGAACAAGGAGAAGCUGGGCCGGAGACCAGACGUCAUCGGAAAUGGAGGUGUGCGGAUGCUAGCCCCGGAGAACACCCUGAUGUCCUUCCAGAGGGCGGUCGAGCAGCAAGCGGGUGGCUUCUUUGUGAACAUCACCGUCAGUUACGAUGGGGUCCUGUUCGUGGUCCACGACACCACUCUGCGACGGACUACCAACGUGGAGGAGGUCUUUCCCGACCGGGCCUCUGACAAUGCAGCCAUGUUCAACUGGACAGACCUCAGAGGUCUGAACGCUGGCCGCUGGUUCUUCCAGGAGGAUCCUUUCUGGACGGCCAAGGAGCUCUCUCAGACGGACCACACGGAGGCCUUGAACCAGUCGCUGUGCCGCUUGGUGGAGGUGCUGCAGCUGGCCGUCCGGAAGAACAAGUCGGUGAUGCUCGACCUCUGGAGACCCCCGGCUGAGCACCCCUUCCACUUCACCUGGAUCAACGUCACGCUGGAAGCCAUCCUGGAAUCGGGGAUCCCCCAGGAGAUGGUGAUGUGGCUCCCUGAAGAGGACAGGUCGCUGGUUCAACGACUGGCCCCGGGCUUCCAGCACUUCUCCUCCGUGAAGCAGAAUGCCACCGCGUUGCACAGCCAGGGCAUCUCCGGACUGAACCUGCGCUACAACAAGGUCGAUGCGGAUGAGAUGCGGAAAUAUGCCGCAAAGAAUAUCACCACCAACCUGUAUCUUGUCAACGAGCCGUGGCUGUUUUCGGUGCUGUGGUGCGCCGGCGUGCAGUCUGUUACGUCCGAUGCCUGUCAAAUCUUAAACAAAGUGCGGACUCCCACCUGGAUAUUGCAUCCCGAUGAAUACCUGAUGCUCUGGAUAACCACUGACAUCAUAUCAAUCACCAUCGUGGUGGGGAUCUUCAUCCUGCAGAACUAUCACCUGAUCAGGUGGCGCCUGGGGACCAUGAGGAGCUACAACCCCGAGCAGAUUAUGCUGAAUGCAGCAGUUCGCAGGUCCAGCCGUGAGGUCAACAUCAUGAAAGAGAAGCUGAUCUUCACAGAGAUUAAUAAUGGGCUGGGCAGCUCGGAUGAUGGCUCACUCUGCUCUGAGAGCGGUUUCGACGGCUACAUGAACGAAACGGUCGCCUCCCCGGGCCACCGUGGGUCGAAAAGGCGCAUCAACUGAGACCGGCGCCCUGAGGGGACUCUUGCUUGCCUCCUUCUCGUGACAUCCCAGUUGUCACGACGAUUUGCCCUCCUCUUCAUCUCCACCGCCCCUGAUUUUCCCUCCUCCCAGCCAAAUCCCCCUUCCUGGCCUGAAUUCCCUCACGUCUGGAGAGCCAGAAUCCCACUCUGUAAUCCGCUCCAGGGACCGGGGAGCGGGGUGCGGGUGCGGUGGGGGGGUGUGGUUGUUGGUGGAGAAGAAUGCGGAAUGGGAGAUAAAGAUUCCCUGAGAGACUUUGGACAUGGCCUGCACAGAAGGAUCUGUGAAGGAGGAAUUCCCCUCCCCUCCUCUACUCCACCCCAGUGAGCUCUCUGAUCCCCUCAGACCUCAGGCUGGGGUUGUGCACCAACCGGGGCAGAGGGUGAGGAGGGCAGGGUCUGUUGUUACCGAGGCAAAAGCAGGAACCUCUCCCUAUCUGCUGUCUGGUACUUUGGCCACUCCUCGCUCCUGCUGAAAGAUCUCUGGUUGUUACUUGUGUCUCUCCUUUGGCCAGUUGUAUGCUCAGUUUACAUUCAGUGGACGUGUUAAGGUUAUAUAUAAAUAUAUGGGAAAAAAAACACUUGUAAAUGUCCAGCAGUAUUGAGAAGCAUGCACCCCAUUUCUUUGUUAUUUCUACUUGUGGGGAUUACCUCAGGGUUUUGGUUUUCGGUUUUCGUCUCCAAAGAUGGAUUGGUGGACUCAAAGCUCUGUAUGUGUGUGUGUGUGUGUGUGUGUGUGUGUGUGUGUGUGUGUGGUGCAUGGUGCAUGUCCAGUUUUGGCUGGAGGUUUUCAAUGAAAUAUGCCUCAUCAAACAUACAAGAGACCACAGAUCAUAAACACAAGAAACUCUGCAGAUGUUGGAAAUCCGCAGUAGCUCUCACAAAAAUGCUGGAGGAACUCAGCGAGUCAUGGAGUCAUACUAAAGUACAGCCCAGAAACAGCUCCUUUGGGCCAUCUAGUCUCUGCCAAAAUCACUUAAACUGCCUACUCCUGCACCGGGAUCAUGGCCCUCCAUGCCCCUAAUCCAUGUACCUGUCGAAACUUUGCUUAAACGUUGAAAUUGAGUUCACAUUCGUUACUUGUGCUGGCAGCUCAUUCCACACUCUCAUGACCCUCAAGUUACCCUUAAACUUUUCACCUUUCACCCUUAACCCAUGACCUCUGGUUGUAGUCCCACGCAACCUCAGGGGAAACAGCCUGCUUGCAUUUACCCUAUCUACACCCCUCAUAAUUUAGUAUACCUUGAUCAAAUCUCCCCUCAAUCUUCUAAGUCAAAGGAAUGAUGUCCUACCUAUUCAAGCAGGCAGUAUCCAUGGAAAUGAAUAAGCAGUUGACAUUUCGGGCCAAGACCCUUCAUCAGGAUUGGAAAGGAAGGGGGGAGAAGAUAGAAUAAGAAGAUAGAGGAGGAAGAAGACAAAUUGGCAAGUGAUAGGUGAAACCAGGUGAGGGGGAAGGUAGGUGGUUGAGGGAGUGGUGAUGAAGUAAGAAACUGAGAGGGGAUAGGUGGAAGAGGAAAAGGGUUGAAGAAGACGGAAUCUGGUAGGUGAGGAGAGAUGACCUUGGAGUAAAGGGAAGGAGGAGAGGCUCCAGAGGGCGACAAUGGACAGUUGAGGAGAAGAGGUGAAGGGGAGCCAGAGUGGGGAUUGGAAGUCGAGGGAAGGGGGAAAAUUACCAGAUAUCAGAGAAAUUGAUGUUCAUGCAAUCAGGUGACUACCCUGAUGGGAAAUAGUCACAAGUUAAAAUUGUAUCUCUUAAUAUUAGCCAUUUCCACCCCGGGAAAAGGUCUCUGGCUAUUCACUCAAUCUAUGCCUCUUAUCAUCUUGUUCACCUCUAUCAUGUCACCUCUCAUCUUCCUUUACACCAAAGAGAAACGUCCUAGCUUGCUGAACCUCAAGAGACAUGCUCUCUAACUCAGAGAUGAUAAAAUCUGCAGAUUCUGGAAAUCCAAGCAACGCACACAAAAUGCUGGAGGAACUUAGCAGCCCAGGCAGUAUCUAUGGAGAAGAGAAAAGAGUCAACAUUUUGGGCUGAGUCCUGAUGACGUUGACCAUUUACUCUUUUCCAUAGAUGCUACCUGACCUGCUGAGAUCCUCCAGCAUUUUGUGAGUGUUGCUCUCUAGACUAGGCAGCAUCCUGUUAAAUCUCCUCUGCAACUUCUCUAAACCUUCCACAUCCUUCCUAUAAUGAUGCAACCAAUAUUGAACACAAUACUCUAAUUGUGGUCCUCCAAGAGUUUUAUACAGCUGCAACAUUACCUCAUGGCUCUUGAACUCAAGUUCCAAAGCUUCAUAGAAUUAUAAAUCUCAGAUUAAAGAUAUUUCCUAUCAUCUGAUCCCCUUUCCCCCUGGUUCUGGUCUCUCCAGUUUGAAGAAUAUCAAUAGCCUAUUCCCCGCCAGAAAUGUUGCCCAACUUGCUGAGUUCCUCCAGCACUUUGGUGUGUGUGUUGCUCAAGAUUUCCAGCAUCUGCAGAAUCUCUUGUGUUUACGGGAGAUGGCUUGGUAGAGAUGUAUAAGACGUAAAGAAAAAUUUGCCAAGAGCAAUCAUAGUCACAGAAAGACCAUGAUCACCCAAGUCAUACAUUAAGGGUAAAAGGCGAAAAGUUUAAGGGGAACUUGGGGGUCGUGAGUGUGCCAGCACAAGUGGUGAAUGUGAGCUUGAUUUCAAUGUUUAAGCAAAAUUGUGUGGGACUACAGCCUGCGGCACAUAACGAACAAAUGAUAAUGUGAGGAAGCCUAGAUAGAUUACUGUAGGUAGCCAAUGCCUUUUCCCCUGGGUGGCAAUGGCUAAUAUGAGAGGGCAUGAUCUUAAACGGCAGAAAGGGGAAGUGAAAUGGAUAUUUUUGAUAGUGCUUUUUACGGUUUCUUCAUGGCCAAUGGAACUGAUACUGGAUGAUUCUUGUGAAUCAGUAGUUCAGUUUCAAUUCUCCCCUGUUUUUACAAGAUUUAACAUUAUCUUACCAGGUCAUUAGUCCAGGGAGCUGGUUAAGUAGUGUACUAGAUUAAGUGCUCUCACUACUGUGCCAAGCUUAUUGUCAUUGUCAAAUGCACAAUACAGAUAUGCACGGGGGCAAUGAAAAACUUACUCACAGGCACUGAGCGUUGUAUUGUUCUUUAUUUAGAAAUAUAGUACAGUAUCAUGAUAGAAAGUGUUUGCAAAAGGCACAGUAUAAGAUCAGACUUUGCGGUUUCAAAUGGUUCGAUUUAGUAUCAGAGAAUGGAUACAAUAUACAACCUGAAAUUCUUACUCUUAGCAGACAUCCACAAACAAAAAAGAAAAAGAGAAUGAAUGACAGAAACAUUGGAACCCAAAGCACCUCUCCCCCUCCCAUGCACAAGCAGCAGCAGAAGCACCGAACCCCCCCUUCCCCACCCCCCCCCAACUAUGCAAGCAAUAGCAAAGCACACAAAGAGAUGUUAAACUAGAGUCCAUCAAAAACGACAGCCCAUAACCCAGCACUUCAGUAUAUCAGACAGGCUCUGUCUCACCAGGGAGGGAGUGAGAGAGAGGCCCCCCCUGCAACUGCAAGAGUGGGAGACCAACAUUCGGGGUUCUGAAUCCCGGUGCUGUCUGUAAGCAGUUUCAAUCCUCCUCCUGUGCUGCCUGGGUGCUCCAGUUUCCUCCCACCUUCCAAAGACAUACAGGUCAGGGUUACGUUGGUGCCGGAGGCAUGGUGACACUCGCGGGCUGCCCCCAGCACGUUCUCGGACUGUGUUGGCUGUUGACGCAAAUGGCUUACUUCACUCUUAAGUUCCCAAUGUUUCAAUGCUCGUGUGACAAAGCUGAUCUUUAAAUGUAACCUCUGUGUGCUUGGUAUGGAGGUGGUGGGGCCGAAAGGCCUGUUUUACUGUGCUGUAACUCUCUGACUGCAUUACAGCAGCAUAGCUAUGAUUAGGCCAGGGGUAAAUGGGUGAGUUGCUGUGCGGUGUGCCUUGUCUGGCCAGGAAGGUCCGUUCUAUGCUGUGUCUCUAAAUAAGGAAAAUAAAUAGAUAGCUAUAUUAUUGAUGUAUAUUAUUCACAGACACAGGAUGUCCAAAUACAAGUCUCAGUCGACCCCCUCAAACUUCUCCCUUGACUAGUCUCAUUAUGAUUUUGUGAUCUCUUACCCAUUGACUUCCUCAACAGUGGAAUCAUAUGUGAACUUUCGAUUCCUUUCAAGAUCACAAAACAGCAGUCUGAUUAUUCCUCACUAUAUAUGGAAAGGAGUUCGGGACUCAUUAUAUAAUCAUAAUCCAAUACUUGGUGCCCUGGUAUGGCAACAUGGACAUAGAAUCAAGGACGUCUAGUGUGUAUGCCUCUGCUACGCACUUGGAGGCCAGUGUGACGGAAGGAUAUCUGAGGAUGUCAGGCUGUCCCAGGUCAAUGGGUCUCAGGAAUGGAUAUCUGCACAAGCACUGAAUUUGGAGUCCUGUCAUUAUCUAGUCCGGGGAUCGAUAUCGAAGUUCGAAUCCCACACAUCAAACAGAAGUCCGGAAGAUAAGUCCAUAAGACACAGGAGCAGAAUCAGGCCAUUCAUCCCCCCGGGUCUGCUCCACCAUUUCAUCAUGGCUGAUCCAAUUUUCUUCUCGACCCCACUUUCCUGGCUUCUCCCUGUAACCACUCAUACCCUGACUAAUCAAGAAUCUAUCAACCUCAGCCUUAAAUAUACCCAAAGACCCGGACUUCACAGAUGAAUCCCGACGGCCAGAACCUGGAGACUGGAGGCCUGUCUGAGGGUUGGAGGGAGAUCUGUGUGUGUUGGAAGCAAAAGGGCUUGUCUUUCUACUGUUGUUUUGUUGCUUUUUGUGUUCUGUGUUGUUGGCCACGCUAUGAGCAUUGAGGGUGUGCUAUGUUGGUGCCGGAAUGUGUGGUGACACUUGGGUGCACAUCCUUCAGAGAUGUUGAUCAUUUCACUGUAUGUUUUGAUGUACGUCUGAGAAAUAAAUGAAUUUGAAUCAGAAUCUGAAGCAUUGAGUUGGAUUGAUGGCUUUGUGGCCAAGAUUGUGGACAAAAGGAAGGUAGGUGGAGGGGUAGUAGUGGUGAGAAAACAGGGAGCCUGCAGAAGGACUUGGACAGAUUAGGAGAAUGGGCAAAAAGGUGGCAGAUAGAAUACAGUGCCGGGAAGUAUAUGGUCUUGUGCUUUGGUAGAAAGAAUAAAGGUGUGGGCUGUUAAUUAAACAGGAAGAAAAUUCAAAAAUCAGAAGUGCAAAUGGACUUGGAAGCCCUCAUACAGGAUUCCCUGAAGGUUAACUUGCAGGUUAAAUCAGUGGUAAGGAAGGCAAUGUUAGCAUUCUUUAAAAGAGGAUUAGAAUAUAAAAGUAAGGAUGCAACGAUGAGGCUUUACAAGGCAUUAAGUAUUGCCUGAAAAAUCUCUCACUACAUUUGGGAGUAUUGUGAGCAGCUCUGGGUUCCUUAUCUAAGAAAGGAUGUGUCGGUAUUGGAGAGGGUCCAGGAAGAUUCACGAGAAUGAUUCCGGGAAUGAAAAUUUGGGAGCAGUUUCUGGCUCUGGGCCUGUACUCACUGAAGUUUAGAGGAAUGAGGGGAAACUUGAUGAAACUUCUGGAAUAUUGAAAGGAUGUGAAUGUGGAGAGGAUGUUUCCUGUAGCAGGAGAGUACAGGACCACAGGCUUUUUAUUCCUUCUACACUUCCUGACGCUAUUCCAUCUGCCACCUUUUUGCCCAUUCUCCUAACCUGUCUAAAUCCUUCCGCAACCUCUGUUUCCUCAACACUAACUGCUCCUCCAUCUAACUUUGUAUCAUCUGCAACUUCGCCACAAAGCCAUCAAAUCCAUCAUCCAAAUCAUUGACAUACAACACAAGAAGAAGUGGUCCCAGCACAGACCCCUGUGGGACAUCACUAGUCACUUGCAGUCAAUCCAAAAAGGAUCCAUUUAUUCCUACUCUUUCUUAUAAUACCAUGGGCUCUUAUCUUGUUUAGCAGCCUCGUGUUUGGCACCUUGUCAAAGACCUUCUGAAAACGCAAGUACACAACAUCCACUGAUUCUCCUUUGUCUAUCCUUCUUGUUAUAUCUUCAAAGGAUUUCAAAAGAUCUUUCAGGCAAGAUUUUCUUUUGCGGAAACCAUGCUAACCUUGGCUUAUUUUGUCAUGUGCUUUCAAGUAUUCUGAAGCCACAUCCUUAGCAAUUGACUCCAACAUCUUCCCAGUCACUGAGGUCAGGCUAACUGGUCUAUAAUUUCCUUUCAUCCACACCCCCCCCCCCCCCGAAGAAUGGAGUGACAUUUGCAAUUUUCCAGUCUUCCAGAACCAUGCAGGAAUCUAUUGAUUCAUGUCAGAUCAUGUUGAAUGGGAUGUAAUGUUGAAUUUGGGAUGUAAUGUUGAAUUUGUAUAAGACAUUGGUAAGGCCAAAUCUGGAGUAUUGUAUACAGUUCUGGUCACCGAAUUAUAGGAAAGAUGUCAAUAGAAUUGAGAGAGUACAGAGGAGGUUUACUAAAAUGUUGCCUGGGUUUCAUCUCCCAAGUUACAGAGAAAGGUUGAACAAGUUAGGUCUUUAUUCUUUGGAGCGUAGAAGGUUGAGGGGGGACUUGAUAGAGGUGUUUAAAAUUAUGAGGGGGAUUGAUAGAGUUGACGUGGUUAGACUUUUUCUAUUGAGAAUGGGGAAGAUUCAAACAAGAGGACAUGGGUUGAGAAUUAAAGGACAAAAGUUUAGGGGUAACAUGAGGGGGAACUUCUUUACUCAGAGAGUGGUAGCUGUGUGGAACGAGCUUCCAGCAGAAGUGGUUGAGGCAGGUUCGAUGUUGUCUUUUCAAGUUAAAUUGGAUAGAUAUAUGGACAGGAAAGGAAUGGAGGGUUAUGGGCUGAGUGCAGGUUGGUGGGACUAGGAUAGGGUAAGAGUUCGGCAUGGACUAGAAGGGCCGAGAUGGCCUGUUUCCGUGCUGUAAUUGUUAUAUGGUUAUGUCAAUACCAAUGCAUGCACAAUCUCUUCAGCUACUUCUUUUAGAACCCUGGGGUGUAGUCCAUCAGGUACAGGUGACUUAUCUACCUUCAGACCUUUCAGUUUCCCAAGCUUCAUCUCCAUAUCAACUGCACUCACUCUCGAACUUCCAGCAUACUACCAGUGUCUUCCACAAUGAAACUACCAAUGUCUUCCACAGUGAAGACUGAUGUAAAAUAUUCAUUUCAUCCUCCAUUGUCCAUCAAUCCUUGUCCCCCAAUGCUAUCUGUCUAGCGUUAUUUUCCUGCAAUCCAAUAUAUACUCUCACCUCUCAUUUAUUCUUUAUAUAUCUGAAAAAAACUUUUGGUGUCAGUUUUGAUAUUAUUAGUUAAUUUACCUUCAUAUUUCAUCUUUCCUCCUUAUGGUUUUUUUUAGUUGCCUUUUGUUGUUUUUUAAAAAUGUUGCAAUCCAUUAACUUCCUCCUGAUUUUUGCUACAGAUGCCUUCUCUUUUGCCUUUGUUUUGGCUUUGCCUUUGUCAGCGAUGGUUGCGUCAGCCUGCCUUUAGAAUACUUCCUCUUACUUGGGAUGUAUCUGUCCUGUGCCUUCUGAAUCGCUCUCAAAAAUAUCAGCCUUUGCUGCUCUGCUGUCAUCCCUGCUAGUGUCCAUUUCCAAUCAACUUUAGCCAGUUCCUCUUUCAAGCCACUGUAAUUUCCUUUACUCCACUGUAAUACUGAUACAUCUGACUUUAGCUUCUUCCUCUCAAACUGUAGGGUGAAAUCUAUCAUAUUAUGAUCACUGAUUCCUAAGGGUUUAGCCCAUACAACCAUAAUAUAUAGGAGCAGAAUUAGGCCAUUUGGCCCAUCGAGUCUGCCAUUUCAUCAUGGGGCUAAUCCAUUUUUCCUCUUAGUCCCAAUCUCCUGUCUUCACCCAUAUCCCUUCAUGCCCUGACCAAUCAAGAAUCUAUCAACAUCUGCCUUAAACGUAUAUAAAGACUUGACCUCCACAGCUGCCUGUGGCAAAGAAUUCCAGAGAUUCACACUCUCUGGAUAAAGAAAUUCCUCCUCGUCUCCGUUCUAAAAGGACUCCCCUCUAUUCUGAGGCUGUGUCCUCUGGUCUUAGACUCUCCCACUAAAGGAAACAUCCUGUCCACAUCCACUCUAUAAAUUACCCCUUCAGCACUAAACUUAUUUUUCCAUUCUACCUGCAUAUUGAAUUCCUCCAUGACUAUUGUAACAUUGUCUUUUUGGCAUGCAUUUUCUAUCUCCCAUUGUAAUUUGUAGGCUGCAUUCUUACUACCGUUUGGGGGUCUAUAUACAACUCCCAUCAGUGUCUUUUUACCCUUGCAGUUGCUUAGACCUAUACACAACAAUUCAACACCUUCCGAAUCUAUGUCACCUCUUUCUAAUGAUUUUAUUUAUUUUGUUAUUCAAAUUUUUAUUAUUAUUUAUUCUUAUUUUACAAAGCAGCACAGCAUAUCACAGAGCAGAUACAGUACAGCAUAUUUACACAGCCAUCCCAUGACAGGAAAACAAAUAAAACUUAGAGACCGAAAGAAGUUCUAAUUUAAGUUUAAAUUAACAUACAACCAAACUUGAUCCCACGCGUCUUGCACUUUUCCCUCACUGUUAAUUCUUCCCAACAUGUGUUCAUAUGAUGAAAUCUCAAUCAUUUCCUCAGUCCAUUCCCUCACAGUGGGACGUCUGGGUUUUUUCCAGUUUUGCAAUAAAACUGUGAUGAGACCCACCUUUAAAAUAGUAAAUUUGUCAUUGUUUACAUUAGGUAUCAUUGUCCUAUCACCCAGGAGACAAAGCCCUGGGCACAAGGGCAGUGUGGAACCCGACCAAUUCCCCAACAAAUCAGGAAAUUUACACCAAAAUGGACGAACCAUGGAACACUCCCAAAUCAUGUGAAAAUAUGUGCCCACCUCAUUUUUACAUUUUCAGCAUAGAAACAUAGAAACAUAGAAAAUAGGUGCAGGAGUAGGCCAUUCGGCCCUUCGAGCCGGCACCGCCAUUUAUUAUGAUCAUGGCUGAUCAUCCAACUCAGAACCCCGCCCCAGCCUUCCCUCCAUACCCCCUGACCCCCGUAGCCACAAGGACCAUAUCUAACUCCCUCUUACAUAUAGCCAAUGAACUGGCCUCAACUGUUUCCUGUGGCAGAGAAUUCCACAGAUUCACCACUCUCUGUGUGACGAAGUUUUUCCUUAUCUCGGUCCUAAAAGGCUUCCCCUCUAUCCUCAAACUGUGGCCCCUCGUUCUGGACUUCCCCAACAUCGGGAACAAUCUUCCUGCAUCAAGCCUGUCCAAUCCCUUUAGAAUCUUAUACGUUUCAAUCAGAUCCCCCCUCAAUCUUCUAAAUUCCAACGAGUACAAGCCCAGUUCAUCCAGUCUUUCUUCAUAUGAAAGUCCUGCCAUCCCAGGAUUCAAUCUGGUGAACCUUCUUUGUACUCCCUCUAAGGCAAGGAUGUCUUUCCUCAGAUUAGGGGACCAAAACUGCACACAAUACUCCAGGUGUGGUCUCACCAAGGCCUUGUACAACUGCAGUAGUACCUCCCUGCUCCUGUACUCGAAGUCUCGCUAUAAAUGCCAGCAUACCAUUCGCCUUUUUCACCGCCUGCUGUACCUGCAUGCCCACUUUCAGUGACUGGUGUAUAAUGACACCCAGGUCUCGUUGCACCUCCCCUUUUCCUAAUCGGCCACCAUUCAGAUAAUAAUAUGUUUUCCUAUUUUUGCCACCAAAGUGGAUAACUUCACAUUUAUCCACAUUAAAUUGCAUCUGCCAUGAAUUUGCCCACUCACCCAACCUAUCCAAGUCACCCUGCAUCCUCUUAGCAUCCUCCUCACAGCUAACACUGCCACCCAGCUUCGUGUCAUCCGCAAACUUGGAGAUGCUGCAUUUAAUUCCCUCAUCCAAGUCAUUAAUACAUAUUGUAAACAACUGGGGUCCCAGCACUGAGCCUUGCGGUACCCCACUAGUCACCGCCUGCCAUUCUGAAAAGGUCCCGUUUAUUCCCACUCUUUGCUUCCUGUCUGCUAACCAAUUCUCCACCCACACCAAUACCUUACCCCCAAUACCGUGUGCUUU